CCCAAGAGCGAUAACGGGCUCCUCUCCGCAGGUGUCGUUGCUGUCUUCGAGUCCCACGGGAGCAGGGGCAUCCCCCACAUGUACAGCCUGCACAGCUGGUGCGGGAUGGCCGCCUUCGUGCUCUACCUCCUGCAGUGGCUCCUGGGCUGUGGUUUUUUCCUGCUCCCCCGUGCCUCCCUUGCGCCGCCCAGCCGCGCCGCCUGCUUGCUGGGCAUCACUGAGAUGCUCCUCUUCAACAUCAGGGACUCCUACAGCCACUUCGUGCCCGAGGGGGUCCUGGCCAACACCCUGGGGGUGCUGCUGGUGGCUUUCGGGCUGGUGGUGGGCUACGUGCUGACGCGGGACGAGUGGAAGC